UCGAGAAGUCAAGGUGUGCCUUAGGAACGUCCUUCGCUAAUGAUAACGCGGAAGCUGGCCUCCUCGCACCGUGACAAACGCCGCCGUGAACUUUUAAAUAAUGAAGUUUGGUCAACCAAUCGAUGGUCCAGCUGGACGCGGGCCAAGUGCGGCGCAUCCUGCACGAAGCGCUCGACCUGUGGGCCCGGCACGCCAACAUCAACUUCCGGGAGGUGUACAGUAGCGAGGCGGACCUCCAGGUGCUGUUUGCGCGCAAGUUCCACGGCGACGGGUACAGCUUCGACGGGCCGGGCAAGAUCCUGGCCCACGCGUUCUACCCCGGCAGCGGCAUCGGUGGCGAUGCCCACUUCGACGAGGAGGAAACGUGGCUCCUCAACGAACCACUCGAUGCGGAAGGUACCCGACUGUUUGAUGUGGCCGUCCACGAAUUCGGGCACUCGCUGGGCCUGGGCCAUUCAUCCCAGCAGGAUGCAAUCAUGUUCCCGUGGCAUCACAUUUCGUACCGCGGCAAGGACACGAUCCCGGAGGACGAUCGGCUCGGCAUCGAAUCGAUCUACGGUCCGCGGAAAAAGAUUUACGGCAAGAACCCGGAACGGCCAACGCAGAGCACCACCACGACCACCACCUCUACGACGCCAUCACCUCCUCCGAGACCCACCACACGGCCACACUAUCCACGCAAGGAGGUUGCGGGUCAUCCGUGGGAAGAUUUCGGUGGCGCAGGGCGACCCCAGAUGCCCACGACCACCACCACGGAAGUGCCCCGGUCGCGCGAAUACUUCCCACAUCCGGCACGGCCAACCUCAACUUCGCACAGUAGCCGGCAUCCGCAGCGACAUCACACAACGCCGACGACCGCGAGUACCACAACCAGCGAGCCAACGACAACGCGCCACCGGCAACAUCACCGGCCACAUCAUCAUCAUCCCACGACGAGCACCAGCACCACCACCCGGCGGCCAUAUCAGCAUCGGCCCGUGCUGAAGCCACUCCACCCGAACGCGUGCAACACGAGCUUCGACGCGGUCACGAUGAUCCGGAACGAGCUGUUCGUGUUCAAGGACCGCUGGCUGUGGCGCAUGAACGAGAACGACCUGCACCGCCCGAAACCGAUCGAGAUCCACCGGAUGUUCUUCGGGCUGCCGGCCGGCUUCGACCACAUCGAUACGGUCUACGAGAACAAGUACCAGAAAAUUAUCUUCUUCAUCGGAAAGGAAUACUUUGUGUUCAACUCGCAGUAUCUGGAGCCGGGCUAUCCGCGACCGCUGACCGACCUCGGGCUACCGGAGAGCAUCGAGCGGAUCGAUGCGGCCCUCGUGUGGAGUCACAACAACCGGACCUACCUGUACAGUGGCCGACUCUACUGGAGGUUCGACGAGGACACGAACCAGGUCGAGCUGGACUACCCGCGGGAUAUGUCGAUCUGGAAGGGCAUCGGUUACGGGAUCGACGCGGCGCUACAGUAUCGCGACGGCAAGACGUACUUCUUCAAGGGUCUCGGCUACUGGCGGUUCAACGAUAUGCGGAUGGGUGUGGCGCACGACCAGAAACCGUCGGCCACGCGGUGGAUGAAGUGCCAGAACGAGCGCCAGGUCCAGAACGAUCUGGGCGGCGGCGAGGACAGUGGUGCGGAUGGCGAUCCAUCGCCGAACGAACCGAUCGGCACGAGCCCGGCAUCGGAUCCGGUGUACCGAAGGCACCGGCCGGUGCUGCUUUCGGUACUACUCCUAGCGGUGCUGACGCUAGUGGGCACCCCGUAGUGCAAUAAUAAUGUAUUCCUGCUACGUUGUUUACUAAGUUUUGCCGGUCGAUACCAGAGGGCGUUGCUACGAGCGUGAUUUUUUUUUGGUUAUAUUGGUACACUCUUCGAAUGAACGUAUGAACGAAAUUUCAUUUCAAUCGGUCACUAAUUUUUUGAUCGUAGUAGCCUUCAACACGAUCCAUGUCAACAUUCGUCAAAAACCAGACACAACACCUGAAAUCGUAAAAAAAAUUCAUGACAUCCUAUUGGAAAAUCGCCGAAUCACUUACAGAUAUUUAGUAUAAGGCCUAGCCAUCUCAAUAUUUUGACUAAAGUAUUGGAUUUCAAAAAGCUGUUUGCAAAAUGUGUGCCGCAUUCGCUAAAAACGCAUUCGAACUUUCUCGUCAACAUUUAAAGCGUUUUCGAUAGGCUAAAGUGGAUGUUAUGCAUUGACUCAUCACUAUGGAUGAGACUUAGGCCUAUCACCAUGAUCCUGAAUCAAAACAAACCACCAUGAUCCUGAAUUUCCUUAGCCUCUAAGGAGUGGUGUGAACCUUUUCCUUCGGUUCCGAAACGAGUUCGUCCAGAAAAUUUGCCCAAAAAGAUGUUAGCAUCAGUUUUGUGGAAUGCGACCUAUAAGACCUACUGGAAAAGAAAAUUCGUGAAAAAAGAUCCGGUUUGAAGAAGAAAAACAUCCUCUUUCGCCAGAGCAGUGCACCCUAUCAAAAGAGCAUUUUGAAAAUGGUAAAAAUCCAUGAAUUUUAGGUCGAAUUGAUUCAGUAUUCACCGUAUACGCUAGAUUUGUAAAUCUGUAAAAAGGUCCUGUGACACGUCGAUACUAAGUGGCUUGUAAUAGGAAAAUUAAGUGCCCGAUUGAAAUGAAACCUCUUUCAUACGUUCAUCUGAAGAGUGUACCAACAUAACCUUAAAAAAUCAGGCUCGUAGCAGCGCCCUCUGGUAUCGACCCGCAAAACUGAAUA